CCAGACCCCCGUCAGACCCUCGACCCCAAGAGAGGCCGAGCCCAUGCCCCUGCCCCUGCCUCUGCCCCGCAGAGGAAGGGGAGCCCGCCCGGGCGGCUCCCGAGUGGCGAGCACUAGCCUCCCGCGGGCGACGGCCCACUCGCCAAGGCGUGCCGGCCGCGGGGCCCCGUCGUCUAGCCAUGCGCAACGCCUCACCCGGCGGCGCCAUUCCUCCGAGCAGGUCCCACCAGCGCCCGAGCCGCAGGCUGACUUCCGCUCGGGAAAGUGGCUCCAAGACCGCUCCGGAGGGGACGCCAGGGACCCGCGGCAGGCUCCGCGGACUGGGAUGGGCUCCAGGCACAGGAUCUGUAGUCGGGAAGAAGUAGUGGUCCCUUAUGCUUCUGACAGUGAUUCAGGAAGUGUGGAUUUGCAGCUGAGCAACUUAGAGGAUGUUAAAAAAGGCCCAAGUAGCCUUGAACUUACAGACUCGGACGUCUCUGACAUCCCUGAACUCCCUCAGGAAUCCCUCGCAGAUAGCUUCAGACACCCGACCCACCAGGGCCCCCUCGGCAAGCCCAUUGUUGAGAGGCUGAUCCAAUCCGUCCGGGAGUUUUUUGAUGGUGAGCUAAAGAGUGAACUUGAGAAGCUGACAUUCCUAAGAUCUUUGUCUUCUCUCAGCCAAACUUUACCCUAUGAUGAAACCACGGGAUCAUUCAUUCACAGCCACAUAGCAGACAUUGUGCAUAUCCUAAAUAGGCUGGUGGAAGAGGAACCCCUGCAUUCUCUCUUCAGCCCUGUGCGCCAGGAGGUCUUUGUCACCAUCACUGACCUCAGUUACCAAGAUGUCCAUUUGCUGUUUGGCUCUGAAGAUAGAACUGACUUGUUCAGUCUUAUCAUGAAAAGUAUAAUCACUCUGCCAUCUGUAAAGACUCUUACCCAGCUACAGGACAUCAUGCCAAGUGGGCCCUACAACUCAGAGUGUCUCUACAGGCAGACGUUUCAGGCAUUCUCGGAGAUGCUCCAGAGUUUGGUGGUAAAAGACCCACAUUUGGAAAAUCUUGACACCAUUUUUAAGCACAUGGACCCCUGGUUACAGUCAAUCAAAGACCAUGAGCGGGAACGGGCCACAGCCAGCAUGGCUCAGGUUCUGAAGUGCUUAUCCAUACAUCUCAGCUUAAAGCUUCCACUGCAAUUCCAGAGACUUGGACACCUAGUGGCUCUGAUGGCGCUACUGUGUGGGGACCCCCUGAAGGAGGUGGCCAAGGAGGCUGCAGAGGGCAUGCACUACCUGCUGCAUAUCACCCUGAGGCUGAAGUAUAUCACUCAUGACAAGAAAAAUCACCAAAGCUUGAAAAGAGCAAUGAAAAAAUGUCGAGAACUCCUAGAACUCUACAGUAUUAAACAGUUCUACAGUUGUCCCUUCAAAAUUGCUCAGGUCUUUGAAGUUUUUCUCAAUUCAGAUGAGCUCUGCCAGUUUGUAAUGACUACAUUGGAUGGCCUGAAAAAUCCGUACACCCAGCAAUCAGCAGGAGAAUUGCUGAUAACAUUGGUGGAAAAUGCAGAGUCCAGAUUUGAGAAGGUGCCAGAAAUUAUGGGUGUUAUCUGUGCCAGGCUAUCCAUUAUCAGCCAGCCUAGAGUCCGCCAACAAAUCAUAAAUACCGUGAGUUUGUUUAUCUCCAGGCCCAAGUACACAGAUACAGUGAUCAACCACCUUCUGUGUCAUCCAGUGCCGUAUGACAGGCAUCUGGCUGAGUUGUGGAGAACUCUGGAGGUGGAGCUGCCCAGCACAACCUGGAUUCUGUGGAGGCUCCUGAGGAAGCUGCAGAAGUGCCAUAAUGUGCCCACCCAGGAGAAGAUGGCCUAUGUGGCUGUUGCUGCAACAGAUGCCCUUUAUGAGGUGUUUAUGGGAAACAGACUCCGAGCAGCUGCAUUCCGACUCUUUCCUCAGCUUCUCAUGACACUGCUCAUCCAGAUUCACCACAGCAUCGGCCUCUCCAUGUCUGAUGUCGCCAUCCCAAGUGGCCUAUACACAGAACAGGAAACGUCUUCAGAGGUCACCCCUUUGUGCUUCGCCAUACAGGCUACAAAGACUCUCCUUCUCAGAACAUUGUGCUGGCAGGAAUUCAACAUCAUGGAAAAAAAUAAAGGAUGGACCCUCCUGGAAGGAAAAGAUUGCCAUCUUCAGGGAGUAUCUCUCCUUGCCAACGCAUUGCUGGAAAGAAGUCACCUCCUUGCACAUAAAGUCAUGUACUUGUUAGUCCCUUUUCUUAACCGAGGGAACGAUAAGCAUCAACUCACGUCUGCAGGCUUUUUUGUGGAGCUUCUCCAGAGUCCAGUGGCUAGGAGACUGCCCAGCAUAUACUCUGUUGCCCGCUUGAGAGACUGGCUACAUCAUGAAAAUAAUCUCUUUAAAAUUCUUGGCCUGAAGGGACUGAACUAUCUUCUCGGACACCAGGAGAUGAGGGAAGACAUCAAGAGCCUGUUGCCGAGCAUCUUAGACCUCUUACGUGAAACCGAUGAGAAGAUUGUUUUGUUGGCCGUUCAGAUACUCCUGCAACUUGUCGGGACAAUGGAAUUCACCACCCUGACUGCCAUGAUGAGGACCCUGUUCUCCUUAUUUGGUGAUGUGAGACCUGAUGUUCAUCGUUUCUCCAUGACCCUCUUUGGAGCCUCCAUAAAGUCUGUGAAAUACACAGAUAAGAAGGGUGUAGAGAACCAAGUCCUGGACAGCUUGGUCCCACUACUUCUGUAUUCUCAGGAUGAAAACGAUGCAGUAGCUGAGGAAAGCAGGCGAGUCCUAACUAUAUGUGCCCAGUUCCUGAAGUGGAAGCUGCCCCAAGAAGUGUACUGCAAAGAUCCCUGGUACAUCAGCCCUAGUGAAGUUGGAACAGUCUGCAAAUUCUUUGGAAAAAAAUGCAAGGGGAAAGUUAACAUCCUAGCCCAAACAUUGAUGUUCUCCAAGAAUGCAAAACUUCCUAUCAGAAGAACAGCAGUCUUGUUUGUAGGGCUCUUAUCAAAGUACAUGGAUCACAGUGAGCUCAGGACGAAGGGUACUGGCUGGAUAGAAGAUGAUCUAAGAGAUCUGCUACGUGACCCUGAGCCCUCUCUGCGCAUCAUCACCUCCCAGGCUCUGUUCCGAGUCCAGAAGGUGGGGGCUGAAUCAGAUCCCACACAGACAGUUUUCGGGUUGAGGAAGCUCAUGGGUUGUCUUCCUACCUAGAGAUGCAAGGCAAACAACAUCAGGUAAAAACUCAUCCUUUCAGGGGCUGGCCUGGUGGUAUAGUGGUUAAGUUCAUGUGCUCCACUUUGGCGGCCCAGGGUUCACGGGCCUGGAACCCUGGGACACGGACCUACACACUGUGCAUCAAGCCAUAUUGAGGUGGCAUCCCAUAUACAAAAUGGGGGAAGAUUGGCACAGAUGUUAGCUCAGGGACAAUCUUCCUCACCAAAAAAACAACAACAACAACAACAAAAAAACCCUAAUCCUUUCAGAAACCACAGAAACAACUAAUACUCCAUUUUUUUUCAGACUUAAAGCAAUGCCAGCAUGAAGAUACCUCCACUCAUUUAAUUACCUCAGAACAUCUUUUUUGUUGUCAAAAGCUUUAAGGAAUUAUAAUGUAUAAGGGAGAGAAGCUCUUGGUUUAAAUUAGCAGAAAUAUUGAAAAUCUACUGAGUUUUUGAGGCAUGCCAGACCAUCCAUGAAGUUCCAGUCUUGAUAAAGCUGUCUAGGACAGCUUCAGAAGAGAUUCUAAAUAAAUGUUAAUGUUGCAAUGUUUGUGUUGUUGGUUCUUUUGUCAAGGCCCAGGUCUACUUGUCAACAAUCUUAAGAAUAAAGGUACAACAAGUUCUUAUAGUUUGAUAUUAAUGAUUUUUUUUAAUAAAAUCUCUUAUGGCCUUUCUCUUUCCUUUCCCUUUCCCUUAAAAACUUGCAAGCAAGAAAAAAUUUCUGAAGUGAUGUAAUGCUAAUUCUAUCCUAAUAUAUUUGAAGUUUCCCCUCCUUACUUCCACUUUUUCAUUUUCCUGAUUCUCUCUCCUACAGCUACUGUCAGAUCCUCAAAUGGCUCUAGGAUGGGAACUAUUAUUUAUGAGUUCCACUGUUUCUUUAAACAUAGAUGGAGAAAAUUUUCUUACAAGCAGAAAUUUUCUGAGAAAGAGGUUAAUUUGUAUUAGGCGAAUACUUUGAUAAGCUGCAAGAGGCGUGCUAGAUUAAUUAGAAAUGGUCACUAUCAGUCUAGUUCCUAGGCUCUUGUUUGGUUGAGGAACAUAAGUGGAGAGCCAGAAUAUGAACUAUUAGGGCAAUGAAGAAGCCUCUUGGAGUUGGUGUGGGAAAAGAGAAAGAAAUGAGGCAACCAGCAAUGAAGAAUAGACAUAUCCAGUGGUGGAUUGCAUUAAGUUUUUGCUGUCAAAUGAGCAAUGUGAAUCCUUACCACCCUAUUCCCUCACCUUUCACCCCCAUCUCUCUGCCAAGACAUCUUUAGGAAGAAAUUUCUCCAUGAUUCAUGGUAAGUUGGAUAUGUUUUAGGGGAUGCAACAACGUGCCAAGUGUGGCCUCAAGAGGAUCCCUGCCCAAGAGAGGUGUUCAUAUUUAGGACUAGCAGUCAGGAGUUUUGAGCUAAAAUGCAGGCCCCAGCUGCCUGAUGGACUAAAUCUUCACCCUUGGGCAGAGCCAAGAGUACACCUUGAGGGUGGCCACUGGAUGCUAAACUUCAGUGCAGCGAGCACAUUUGAGUUACGUGUGUCCCUCACUGCUCUCUCCUUGCUCUCAGUGCAUACAACCAACUCCACUCUCCACUUCUGAACUAUCCAUUUUGUGGAUCAUCCAGUAAAAAUGACUAACACUUAUUGAGUGCCUACAAUGAGCCAGAUUCUAAGUACAUUAUGCAAUUAACUCUUUUAAUCCUCAUAAUCACUCCGUGUAUUAUUAUCUCCAUUUUGCAGAUGGGGAAGCUGAUGAACAAAACCUGAAAGUGACUUGCCCAAGGUCACACAACUAGUAAAGGCCAACUCGAGUAGCCUGCCUCCAAAGCCCGUAUCCUUGGCUGGUCUGCUCUGCUCCUCUCCAGUCUGCUCAUUCCCUCCACUGUGAAUAAAUGCAGAUUUACUCUACAGUUAAUCUCAGUUGCUGAACUCAUGCCCCAAACUCAU